UCCAGUGAGAUUAUAGAACUGAAAUAGAUUUACAAGCACAAACUGCUCAAGAAAAAAAAUCCAUGUGGCAUACUGUACAUAAAAAUGGAUUAGUUAGGCCAGAAUAAUCAUGUCAAAUCACGAGACUAGUGAUUUAGAGAUAAAUGUAAUUAACGUUAAUGGCUAAAAAUAGCAACAUCUAAUAAUAAGCAAGUUUGAAGAAAAUAAUAACCGUAACCCGAGCUCAAGUGCUGUAUUAUAUUCUGAGAAUAAAUUACGAUGCAUGUGUAUUAAAUGGAUUACGAUAAUGACUAGAGAAACAUGAACCACGUGAUCACAACCCACUGGUUUGUGAUGUACUGGUCCACUGCCUUAAAACCCAAUUACCAACUGAAAAGACUCUUGCCUACGCAUUUACCUUUCAACACAUAGUUUACAAAUAUGUCACGGAGAACAUAGAGGCUUCUGCAUAGCAGUGCACUGUCGGGCGCAGGAGCUGCAAAGCAAAAGUCAGCAAAGCGUUCACGUCGAUCGCCCUACAGUUCUGCGUGGCUAUUUCUCCCCCACCGUAAAGUCACAAUCACGGCAUCAGCGCUGAGCGUCAAACUCUGGGCCCUGUGGAACCCCCAGUUCGCUACCCGCUUUGCUUUCCUCCAUUCCGCAUAACGACAGUAAUUACCAGUAUUUUUGGCAUCGACUGAAGCCUCAUAUUUAUGAUUUGCACAGUGUGAAGACAUGAGAUGAAAUUUCAAAACUCAUUUCUAAGGGUAAUAACAUCCAAAUUUUGAGGAAGCGGUCAAACCCAACACUGGAAACAUGAAAAACAAAAAGAAGAAAGAACAGAAAUGCCACAUCUGCUUUCAGCAUUUCAAAAGAGAGAAGCUGAAUAAGCACAUGCAUAGCCGUUCACACCAUGAAGCAAUCGAGAGACUUAAGGGCGGCCAGCAAAGCCAUACGUGUUUGGCAUGUAAGGUGUCAGCACUGGGGCUUGAACAGUAUGUGACACACAUUUCUACCACUGAGCACCUAACCAACCUGGAUUUCCUUGAGGACAAUUGCAGAAAAAAUGGGAUUGCAGUGGAUUACAAUGAUGCUGAACUCAAUGCCAUUUGUGCUCUGAGAGACCAGAAGAGGCUUGUUUUAAAGCCUGGGUCCUCUACCAAAGGCCUGGGAACUUGAAGGUCCUACUUAGCUGUUGCCAGGACUACACUCUUUUGGACAGCCCUGAAUGCCCUGAUUAUCAUGGAAACCACUGUUGCCUUCACCUUCAACAUCUUUUCCAGCUCGUCUCUCAGCCCUUGGUAUUUUCUUCGAUACUUUCGUGUGAUCCUGGGUCCUGAUGUUGCAAUCACUUGGGAUCGCUACAUCUAUCACUACAGCCCUCUUCUGCUAUUUGUCCAUCACUACUAUGUCCGAUUGGUUAUUCAUUACCAUUUUGUCAGUCUGGAUCUGGAAGCCCUUUAGGAUCUUGGCUCGGUCAUUCCUCACCGCUUUUAUGGACAUGUCCCACUUUGACCUUGGAACUUCCAGCCUGUACUUGGCACAGAUGCUUCUGUAUACUAUGCCAGCCACUUGGUUGUGGCGUUCCAUGAGGGUAUAUGCAAAGGAUGUGAGAACUUUUACCAUGCGCUCGCCUUGCUAAGAUUUUCAUUUGCUUGAAUCAGUUGAAUACAUUUACUCUUGAGGUGGUCCGUGACUUAAUAAGAUGAUCCUGAUUAUUUUAUGUAGCUGAAUCCACAACCUGAAGGGCUGCUAAUAACACCUAAAAAUAGUCAUGCAACAUGAUCAGUUUGGCCCAUGUAAGCUGAAAGGUCCCCAUCUGUGGAAA